CACGGACGGCGUGUUGUGGUCGUGAGGAGUCAUCGUGCGGUUCCCAAGCCAUCCACCCAGCAAUCCUCUGGUUGAUGAUGCAGAGCGAGCCCGAACAACUUCACAAGGUUCCGAGCCGGUCAAACAGCGACGGAGACUCCAAGCGCGGCCUGCUCCGGCGCGCACCAACCUUUCGCGCGCCGGAAAGAAUGCUGACGCAGAACUCGUACACGGUCUUCCAGGAGCGUGUGGUGAUUGCGAUGGUCGGCCUGCCGGCGCGUGGCAAGUCGUACAUAUCAAAAGCCAUCGUCCGCUACCUCAACUUCCUCGGCUGCCCGACUCAGCUCUUCAACGCUGGCAGCCUGCGUCGAAAGCAGGGGCUGGCGGGCACCGACGCGUCCUUCUUCGACCCGAGCAAUAAGUCUGCACAGGCUCAAAAGGAGCAGAUGGCGAUGGACUGCCUCGACGAGCUGCUUGACUGGCUCCAGGAGCAAACAGUGACCGGCGGAUGCGCGUGCGGUAUCCUGGACGCCACAAACACGACAAUCGAGCGGAGAGCCAAGGUGAUCGAGCGGUGCACGCGGGAGCGGGAGGAGGACGGAGGGCUGCGGUUGAUCUUUGUCGAGAGCAUCACGGAAGACGAGGCGAUCCUCUCCAACAACUUCCGGAUGAAGUUCCGGAUGAAGGUGGACAACGACGACUACAGCGGCACCGACCCCGAGGCGGCGCUCGCCGACUUCAAGGCACGCGUGCGGCAGUACGAGAAGGUCUACCAGCCGGUCGGCGAGACUGAGGGCGAUGGGGCCGCGGCCGACCACUCGAUGCACAGUACCCUACCAAACCCGAUGUUCGACGCGGGCCGCAAGCUGGAGAGCAAGCUCGUCAAGGGCGAGGUGGAGCGCAAGGCCAUCUGGCUGGUGCUGGUCGGCGAGACGCGAUCGCGAACCGCGUCUCUUCACAGCAGCACGUGUGAACAGGCCAUCUGGCUGGCCAUCUGGCUGGUGCUGGUCGGCGAGACGCGCAACGCGUGCGCCGGUGUGCUGGGCGGCGACUCCAGCCUCACAGCUGCGGGGAGCGAGUACGCGCGCGCCACCGCCGAGCUCCUCGUCCGACGCGAGCACGAGAUCGGUGGCACGCCUGCGGCGGUCAUCUGCGGCACGCUCAAGCGGUACGCGCUUUGCGAGGCGACAGAGCCACAACCCCCCGGCGAGCGGUGCCCCAACUGCAAGCGGCGAGGCUGCGACAGCGGCUGCGAGGGCGCGGACCGGCGCUGUUUCAUCAAGGCGGCGGCCAACGAGCUGUGCGCUGGCUUCCUCGACAGCCUCACACAGGCGGAGAUCCGCAGCAAGUUCCCGAGGGAGGCAGCGGCGAGGCAGGCCGACGCACUGACCGAGCAGGCUGACAAGCUUACCUACCGCUACCCCGGCGCGGGCGGAGAGUCAUACGCGGACGUUGUCCUCCGGAUGAACGACAUCAUCUGCAUGCUCGAGUCCUCUGUCGGCAACGCUGUGGUCAUCUGCGACCGCGCUGUCUACCGCGUCAUACAGGCCCACAGUUGGUCGUAUACGAGAGCGUACUUCGACGGCACGCCAAUCGAGGAGAUGCCGAAUCUCGAGGUCAAGCCCGGCGUCCUCGAGUUCCGCCGCUCGCACUCGGGGUUCUCCACCACUCACCUUGAGUACCACUACUACUGCCACUACUACUACUACUGCUGCCAUUACUGCUGCUGCUACUGCUGCCACUACUGCCACUACUGCUACUACUGCUACUACUGCACUAGGUCGCUCUCGCCGCGCCUUUCGGACGAGGGGAACGGAGACACAAAGCACUGGCCCCUGGCGGAGGGCCAGCAGAGGGACAUGGUGGAGGCCCUCAAGGUCGCCCUCUGAAGGCCCGGCCGACCGCAAGUCGCUAGACGCUCCAGCUGCACCGCACCUCUCCAUCAGCAUCACCUCUCGCACACAACAAUCUCACUUCUCAGUCAACACGCUGCCUAUUUUCAAUCCCUGGGCUGCUUCGUGAUUUCGAGCCUCGCGGGGCGCAGAGGUGUCGUUAGUGUAAUCGAGUGUAAUACUGGGGUUGCCCUGGGCCUGGCCUUGAAUGUGGAGCUGGAUGGGGGGUCGAGAGGGGGGGGCGUGGAAACACGUUUCAGACGUGAGCUUAAAUUGGUAAUAAAUAAAUAACCGACUAGGUCC